UUCUGCUUCUUUCGAAGUUCCUGUCCUCUGAAACUGAAAUCGUUGUCUGUACAAAACCCUUCUUUUUCUAUUUGAAAGAUGUGGGCAAGUUCAGAGGGAGGUCCACCAGAGGUUACUCUAGAAACCUCCAUGGGGUCUUUCACUGUUGAGCUAUAUUACAAGCAUGCACCAAGAACCUGUAGGAACUUUAUUGAACUUUCCAGGAGAGGUUAUUAUGACAAUGUCAAAUUCCAUAGAAUUAUCAAGGAUUUUAUAGUUCAGGGUGGGGAUCCAACUGGGACUGGAAAAGGUGGAGAAUCUAUUUAUGGUCCUGUAUUUGAUGAUGAGAUAAGGUCUGAAUUAAAGCAUACUGGAGCUGGUAUUUUAUCUAUGGCUAAUGCUGGUCCGAAUACAAAUGGAAGUCAGUUUUUCAUUACUUUGUCACCAGCACCGUCUUUAGAUGGUAAACACACAAUAUUUGGAAGAGUAUGUAGGGGAAUGGAAAUUAUCAAGAGGCUUGGCAGUGUCCAAACUGACAGCAAUGACCGACCCAUUCAUGAUGUGAAGAUAUUACGGACUUCUGUCAAAGAUUAGCACCGGAGCUGGCAAAAUGCAAAUUUUAGUGCUAAGAAAUGCCUUGUUUUCCAUGACUGUUUUGGAACCAGAUCAUUCAUAAAUGUGUUGUACAUUGAAUUAGAGUUGUUUUUAACUGAAAGGAGUAAAACAAUGAAGAAAUAACUACCGGCAUUUCUUUGGAGUUUAUCA